AUGGCCCCCUCCCACGAAGAGUCUCGCCUCGCAACAGGCGUGAUGACCUACAUGGGCCAGAUUUCCGAGCAAACUUCCUCACGAUACGACAAGAAGAUAGCACGAAGCUCCGAACUUGAGAACUUCAUCUGGUACUUGUCGGAAAGAGCACCGUCGUCAAUGAAUGGUCUAUUGAAGUCCGCCUCUCGAAAGUGUGAGGAAGCUCUGCGUGCUGAGAAAGAGGCUCGGAUUGCGAGGAAAAGGCCAGUGCCGCCGAAUGGCAAUGAUCAAAAUGCCAAGCGCCUCCACAUCACUCAUUCAACCGAAAAAGAGACAGUCCCGAGCCAGCGGGCUGCGGAAAUUGAUUCGAUGGCGCAGGGACAUGCCGACGCUCUUCAGCGGUCGGGUAACACUAUUCCUGCCUGCGACAAUGGCAUCGCCAUCAAAUUGGAAAGCGAGCAAGAGCCUUUUGACUGGACCAACAUGAUGGAUGAGACCUUAGUGGUCUACGAUAGCGAUGAGCACGAUGAUACCAGUAGACAGCUCGUCCCAGAAAGCACAUACGAAGUCCCAAAUUCAUUAACAGGACCUGUCAACUCGGGUCUUUCCAUUCGCAAGAUUAGCAUUGGAAAGCGCAUCACGCUCCAAACAGCACAGUUGGACGUUCGAGACGAUAUGGCCGAGCAAAUGAGAUCCGCGAACAGCAAUGGGGACGAAACAACGACUCCACGGAGCAAGUCGUACUGCUCUGACAUGACCCCUCUACACACAUCAGCUUCAAAGAAGGUUGGAGAGAGCAGAGUUGAGGACUCGGACGAAGAUACCAACCCAAAGCCUACGGAGAACAAGCCUUCGAACGUGGCCGCUACUUCUGUCCACGAACUCCAGGUGGGUGAGAUAGUACCAUUGCCGACCCAGUAUCAGGUCGAAGUCGGUCUCUUUAUGAAGACCCCCGCAAUCGAAGCCUGUGUUAAAGCCCAUUGUCUCAAACUGAAGCCUUUUGCGACCCGACCGCAUUUUGAUGUCCAUGAUGAGAUGGCCAAGAUACUGGACAAGUCCCGUUUGUUAGAAUUCUACAAGGUCAGGCGCGAGCUGUACCAGUAUCUAGAGGACAGAGUGAAGAUGCCAGGCAAAAAGCUGCAGGCUCGUACUAUUUGGAAUAUGUCUGACCCUGGCGAGAUUCUUGACGCACUCCAGACCGUCAAGACGAAUACUGCCGAUACCAAAAUUCACCGGGCUUAUGGCCAGACCAUGCUAUUCUCGUCGGUCAAUACCCAAGUUGCCAGAGGAUACAAGUCUACCGUUUCUGGCCAUCGCUUGAACCACAGAGCGAUAUUGGAGGAGUUGGCUCUCAAGAAAGCGGGUUCAGUGUCAAAGGCAGAGACAAACUAUAUGAUCUCUGGCUACCUCCAUGAGUAUUAUGCAGGGCAGAAGUGGUCGGCGGUAAUCGAUUGGUUUCGUGGCAGUGGGAUAGUCUUGGUAUUCGUGACAGCAGGAAUUGGAAACCACUACGUGGAGACAAAGUGGACCGAAUUUCAAAGAGAUUGCUUGCAGUAUAUUGCGGGAUUACUUCACAGCAUCAGAGGACUGGUCGAGACCCUUGGUUCUGACGCUCUCGAACUCUACUGCCGCCACGGGUGCUUAGACAACCAGUGUAUUGAGAGAGUGAAGCUGGCCAAAUUCACCCAGCCAGAUGCAGAUGAAGAGCCUGAAGAUGAGCUUGGAGAUGAAGAGCCUGAAGAUGAAGAACCUGAAGAUGAAUCCGACUAG